AUGAAGCAUCUUCUCAUUCUCGUUGCUCUUAUUGGAAUUACACUGGCCUGUGGUCCUAAAAGCAACGAUAACCAGGAUGGAGAGCGGAAGCCAGGACCGCCAGGGCCACCAGGACCAGCUGGGCCAGCUGGACCACCAGGGCCACCAGGGCCAUUCAGGCCAGUCGGGCCUCCAGGGCCACCAAGGCCACCAGGGGCAAGACGAUUCCGAAGAGAAACAAAGGUAACAAUUAUUGAGUAG